GCCAAAGUUCCGCGAGUAACGCAGCAGCAAGCGGCGGAGAAUGGCGAAGAUCUGCGGCAUUAUACUGUUCGUAGCGCUGAUUCUGGCGAUACUGAACACUUCAGCGUCUGAAGGACAACAGAAGAAAAUCAGACAGAAGAGAGAGUGGAUUAUCCCACCACACAAACUGAGGGAAAAUUUCGAUUAUACGUAUCGGGAAUACAUAGCCAAAAUCCGUUCAGAUGAGGAGACCAGGACGAGUAUACGAUAUUCACUGACUGGAUCUGGUGCUGACCAGCCACCCAUUAACUUGUUCACUGUUAAUAGAGAGACUGGCUUGGUCAAGAUCCACGGAGUGUUAGACAGAGAGAAAACUCCCGUUUAUUAUGUGAGCAGCUCUUUCAUCUUUUACACACGAUUAUAA